CCGCACGCUGCCACCCAUCUGCAUCCGGAGGCGGUCACGUGGCCGGCUGACGUCACCGCCCGGCAGCCCGGACUCGCUGCGCCGCGUGCCGCCCGUCCCCCAAAGCGCAGUGGGGCCGCGGGGCCUUUCUGCCCCACCGCUGCCGGAGCCCCGUGCAGUCAGCGGGGGGCCGGCGGGAGGAGAGGAGCUGCUGGGCGCUGCCUGCGGAUGCGGAGGGAAGGGCGAGGCCUCGAGUCCCAGGAGAGCGGCUGCAUAGGAUUCACAGCCCCCAGCACAGUGGCACCCGGCCCUGAGCCAUGGCGCUGCUCACCCACCUUCUCGCCUGUGCCUUUGGCAUGGGCUCCUGGAUGGCCAUCAAUGGGCUGUGGGUCGAGCUGCCGCUGCUGGUGACGGUGCUGCCAGAGCAGUGGGACCUGCCCUCCUUCAUCACCAUCAUCAUCCAGAUGGCCAACGUGGGGCCGCUCUUUGUCACCCUCAUGCACCGCUUCUGGCCCGGCUCGCUGAAGGAGGUGGUCGUUAUCUACGUGAUUGUGUCUGUGGGCAUCGUGGCCUGCUUGCUGCUGGCCUUCCUUUGGAACUACACCUCCCCCAUUGCGGGGACCUCCCAUAGCACUGCAUUCCUGAUCCUCACCUUCUUCUUGGCUCUGGUUGACUGCACUUCCUCUGUCACCUUCCUGCCCUUCAUGAUGCAGCUGCAGGCCCAAUACCUCACCACCUACUUCAUAGGUGAAGGACUCAGCGGGCUGAUCCCUGCUCUCAUCGCCCUGGGCCAGGGCUCCGGCAUCUCCAGCUGUGUCAAUGUCAGCCAGGUGGUCAACAUCACGUCUGGCAACGAGACCAUGGAGGGCACUAUCUUCCAGAUGGAGACCCACUACCUCCCAGCCCGCUUCUCUACCCUCAUCUUCUUCCUCCUCAUGACUGCGAUGAUGGUAGUCUGCUUGGUGGCUUUCUUCUUCCUGACAAGGCAGCCCAAGGUAUGGGAGCUCUCACAGCAGCAGUUGUGUCCCAGCACCAUCAUACUGAACUCCUUUGACCAGAUCCUUGAGAAUGAUGCUGGCACGGGACGAGGCAAAGGCUACUCAUGCCCAAAGAGCACCAAGCGGCCCAUGGAGACCCACCCAGAGAAGGUCUCCUAUCCUGUGGCCAAGCUUGCUUUCAUCUACUUGCUUAUCACUUGGGUGAGCUCUCUGACAAACGGAGUCCUGCCAUCCGUGCAGUCCUACUCUUGCCUGCCAUAUGGCAACACCGCAUAUCACCUCUCGGCCACGCUCAGCUCCAUGGCCAACCCUCUCGCCUGCAUCGUGGCCAUGGUCCUGCCCAGCAGGUCCCUGGUCCUGAUGGGCAUCCUCAGCCUGGCGGGUACAGGCUUCGGUGCCUACAACAUGGCCAUAGCAGUGAUGAGCCCCUGCCCUCUCCUGCAGCAUUCCCAGUGGGGCAACGCCAUCAUUAUCCUCUCCUGGGUGCUCUUCACCGGAACGCUCUCCUACGUGAAGGUGAUGGCCGGGGUCAUCCUGCGGAGCCGCAGCCACAGUGCACUGGUGUGGUACGGGGCACUGGAGCAGCUGGGAUCCCUGCUGGGUGCCCUGCUCAUGUUCCCCCUCGUCAACAUUUAUGGCUUCUUCCAAUCCGCCGACUACUGCAGCCUGCAGUGCCCAGUAUGAGCACGGCGUUCCUCUUGCGUUCAAACAAAUAGAAGGAGUUUUUUGCUCAGCCCUUUGGCCUGUGCCCAGACCUGCUGCUUUCCACCUCGCCCCACUGCACCGGGGGCUCAGCACCCCUGGGAGCAGCGUUUGUGUUCUCAUUCCUGUUCUCCUUGUCAUUCUCAUACCCAUGCCAUAGUGGAGAGCAACGGCUGCCCUGGGACAGGGGGGGCUGCAGCCAUAUUCAGACUGUGGUGACAAAGGUCAAACAGCAGCAGAAGGAGAUGCGGCCCAGUAGGAUGGGGGUAACCUUCCCAGGGACCCCUUCUGGGGUUCUGGCAAUGCUUUCUGCUCUCUCCCCAUUGCCCUGUGCCCCACAGCAGCCCCCGCUCAGUCUGGCUGUACCCAGGGUGGGCACAGAGCUGCAGCACGGCCCCGUGCCCACAGCCGUGCCGUGAACAGCAACACAAGGCUGUCACACGGCACGGGGUGGCAGAACUGUGCCACCUGGUACCCGACUGCACCUCGGCUGUGCCAACAGGAGGUCCGGGGGGGUCCGGGGAGCAGCGUCAGCCCCCAGGCGGAGCAGCGCUUGGUCGCCGCACGCGCCUGCGCCUCUUCCCCGGGGCACGAGGCAGCCGGGCCUUUGUCCCCGGCUCUUUGUCUGGCAAUCUGCUCCCCUCGGGAGCAGCAGCGACAGACCCGCUCUGCUGUGCCUUAACGAAGCAGAGCCGAGCAGCCCCCGGCCCCGGCUGCGUCCCGGCCGCCUGCGGGAAGGACGCGGCUGGAAUUGCUAAUCGCCCACCGCCCCGCACGGGUCCCGCGGCCUGAGCUGAGCACCGCGCAUCCCCCCGU